AAAAUUCCCAUUUCACCCUUCUAGAGAGAGAAAGUCCUACAUAGAGAGAGAACAUUUUUGGUCUUUUUUUUCUCUUGUGUUCCUUCCAAUGGUUCUUUCAACUGGGAACAACCCAAAGAGAAAUUAAGAAAUUGUUGUUUCUUUUUUAGAUGGGUCACCUAUGAUCUUGUGAAAACCCAGAAACACCAAUCUCUGAUGCACUCAUAGGAUUCAUUGCCCGAUUCUUCUGCUGAUUGAGGUUGUCACAAAUGGACGGUGGUGCCGAUGAGGUUGUCGCACCAGCAGCUCCGGCGGGUCCACCGCACCCUCUCGACUGGAAAUUCUCCCAGGUUUUCGGUGAACGUGCGGCUGGGGAAGAGGUUCAGGAAGUGGACAUAAUUUCUGCUAUUGAAUUUGACAAGUCUGGCGAUCAUCUUGCUACUGGUGAUCGUGGUGGUCGAGUGGUUCUCUUUGAGAGGACAGAUGCAAAAGAUCAUGGUGGAUCAAGAAGGGAUUUGGAGAGUAUGGACUAUUCUAUUGGUAGGCAUCCUGAAUUCCGUUACAAAACAGAGUUUCAGAGUCAUGAGCCUGAGUUUGACUAUCUUAAGAGCUUGGAAAUUGAAGAGAAAAUCAACAAAAUCAGAUGGUGCCAAACAGCUAAUAGUGCCCUUUUCCUUCUCUCUACAAAUGAUAAAACCAUCAAAUUUUGGAAGGUUCAAGAAAAGAAGGUCAAGAAAAUUGCUGAAAUGAAUGUUGAUCCUUCAAAAAAUAUGGGAAAUGGCUGUAUUGCUAGUUCAAGUAAUUCAAAUAGUCCUAGACCAUCUCUUUCGAAUGGUGGAUCUCCAGAUAGAUCAUGCAAUUAUCCAAGCAAUGACUUCUCAUUUCCACCAGGGGGCAUACCAUCACUGAGAUUACCCGUGGUAGUAAGUAACCAUGAGAGCAGCUUGGUGGCUCGAUGCCGUAGAGUAUAUGCCCAUGCUCAUGACUAUCAUAUCAAUUCUAUUUCAAAUAACAGCGAUGGUGAAACUUUCAUAUCAGCCGAUGAUUUGCGAAUAAAUCUCUGGAACCUGGAAAUUAGCAAUCAAAGUUUUAAUAUUGUUGAUGUAAAGCCUGCAAAUAUGGAGGAUCUGACAGAGGUUAUAACAUCAGCAGAAUUCCACCCUACACAUUGUAAUAUGUUGGCGUAUAGCAGUUCAAAGGGUUCAAUUCGUCUGGUUGACUUGCGCCAAUCAGCUUUAUGCGAUUCUCAUUCCAAACUAUUUGAGGAACAGGAAGCCCCAGGCUCCAGGUCAUUCUUCACAGAGAUUAUUGCUUCUAUCUCGGACAUAAAAUUUGGGAAUGAUGGAAGAUACAUACUUAGUCGUGAUUACAUGACUUUAAAGUUAUGGGACAUUAAUAUGGACUCCGGGCCUGUUGCAACUUUCCAGGUUCAUGAGUAUUUGAGACCUAAGCUUUGUGAUUUGUAUGAAAAUGAUUCAAUUUUCGAUAAGUUCGAGUGUUGUCUGAGUGGUGAUGGAUUGCGGGUAGCCACUGGUUCAUACAGUAAUUUAUUCCGUGUAUUUGGUUGUGCCCCUGGAAGUGCUGAGGCUACAACUUUAGAAGCCAGUAAAAAUCCAAUGAGACGACAAGUUCCAACCCCUUCAAGGCCUUCUAGAUCACUGGGAAAUAGCAUAACACGAAUUGGAAGACGGGGAGCAGAAACCCCUGGGGUUGAUGCAAAUGGGAAUUCUUUUGAUUUCACAACAAAGUUGCUGCACUUGGCAUGGCAUCCAACUGAAAAUUCAAUUGCUUGUGCUGCUGCAAAUAGCUUGUACAUGUACUACGCGUGAAGAGAAACGAUUGAAGGCGACAUAACAUGUAUUUGCUUGGUUACCUUUCUGUGGAGAAGGCUUCGUCUCCCUUCCUACCAACCACUGAGUUGGAGGUUACAUUAACACUCACAGUCUCACACUAAAAGAUGCGCCCUUCAGAGCUUUUAGUAAAGAUCCGGAAGUGGCUGUUUCCCGAUUCCCGGGUAGGCAGAAAACCUUAUUUUGUUACUGGAUGGGCAGCAUCAUCUCUCUUCUUUUUUCUCCCUAAUAUUCUUUCCCUCUAUUUCUGCACCUCCUUCCGAAAGAGAAGGUGCAGUCAAUGUUUCAAAUUGUGUUUGGCUUGCAAGUGAAGAAGAAAAAUGUCAUUGUAGCUCUCCUACAACAGAUACUAAAGGAUGUUCAAUAUCUGCCACUAGGAUCAUUGUUAAAAAAAUGUAGUUUUGUUUUUCCUUUUCUCUUUUUUUUGCCCAGAUAUCUGUGGGAUGGAGCAGUUGAAACCUGCAGUGCAUCAUUUUUUCAUUGAUUAUUUUUGUGUUGGAAUCUUAUUUGACACGGUUCAAGGUCUAAAUUUUGUUGUACCCGUCAA